UGGAAGCAGAUGUUGGUGAGAAUUAGCUUGUUGAAUAGAGGUGGUUGAUUCACUUAGAGCAAAUUACUCUGAAGUUGAGGUGUUAAUGCAAUAGGAAACAGACAAAUAUCGAGAGAAAUCGGGAGCUCAAAAUCUUUAAUGUGCCACAAACUAUAAACUUUGCGCUGCUGAAUUUUCCAUUAGUACUUAGUGAUUUUGAAGCUUUCCAAAACUUUUUUUCUGGUUGAAUACAUUAGAGAUAUGUAGUUCCGAGAAGGCAUUAGAAUAUAUACAUAUUUUUGUGGGUUUUUUUCUGAGAAAGAAAAAAAGAAAGAGCAAAUUUGAAAAUGACACAAUUUUACACAUUGUUUUUAAGCUUUCUUCUCUGGAACAACGCUCAUAAAGGCCUGGGACAGAGUUCAGAGCCCCCGGUGUCUCUCAAAGGGGUACAGGGUAAAGAUGUUGACCUGCCAUGUAACAUCACACCUCCAACACCAGAUGAUGAAGUGGCUUUGGUUCUCUGGUACAGAGAUGACUCUUCUACACCCUUUUAUAGUCUGGACGCCAGGAGAGGUGGGUCACCAGGACAAGGGAGACAUUCAUCCAGUGAUAGUUACGCUACUAGAACGUAUUUCAGCACCGUUUCUAAGCCGGCCACUCUUCAGCUAGCUGCUGUGACAGGAGAUGACAAAGGAGUAUAUAUAUGCCGUGUAGAUUUCAGAAAAGCUAGAACCCGCUACUCGGAAAUCUCUCUCUCGAUUAUAAUACCACCAAAGGAACCAGUUAUAACGAAUGAAAACGGAGAAAUUGUGAAAAAUGUGGUUGGUCCGUACAAAGAAGGAGACCGUCUUAUGUUGUUAUGUGAAAGCGAAGGAGGACAACCCUUACCGAAACUUACCUGGUGGCAAGGUCCAGUACUAUUAGACGACACCUAUGGAGUAACACCCCAGAAAAUAAGUUUCAAUAAGCUGGAACUUUUAAAUCUUCAACGUCAGGAUUUAUAUAAAGAACUCUCUUGUCUGGCUUCGAACAAUGACAUUUCUUUGCCAACUUCUGCUACAGUAAAAAUAGACAUGACACUAAAGCCACUGAAGCUGGAAAUAGACGAAAUUGACCAGCCCUUAUCAGCUAAUAAAGUAACAAACUUAAAGUGUAGGACAGCUGGUGCUAGGCCUAAUGUUACGAUUACUUGGUGGUUUGGUGGCAAACAAAUGAAAAGUACAACAACUAGAACGACAAAGAAUGGAAACAUUACCAUUAGUACUUUGUCCUUCAAGCCAUCGAUGGAAGACGCUGGGAAGUAUAUAUCAUGUCGUGCCGCAAAUCCCGUGAUACCAGAAAGCGCUUUAGAAAAUGGAUGGAAGCUGAGUGUUUAUCAUAAACCUCACCUAACCCUUCGACUUGGGAGUAAACUUCGACAUUCUCACAUCCAGCAAGGGUAUGAUGUUUAUUUAGAGUGUAACAUCGUCGCCAAUCCCUGGGUGACUGAGAUUGGCUGGAAGUUUGAGGGCCAAGAACUUCAGACAAAUACAUCGGCUGGCAUUAUCAUCAGUAAUCAAUCACUGGUGCUACAGAAGGUUGGACGCACCAACAGAGGGCGUUAUUCAUGCAUUGCCACCAAUAGUGAAGGCCAAGGUGAAAGCAAAUCGCUCCACUUAAAAGUUCAGUUUGCUCCAAGCUGUAAAAGUGAUCAGAAAAUAGUGCACGGAGCUGCUCGGCAUGAAUCCGUACAAGUUCUGUGUGAAGUUGAAGCAGACCCUGGCAACGUUUCUUUUUACUGGAGAUUCAACAGUACCAAGGAAAUUCCAGGUUUAUUGACAUUUACUAGUAAUGAAACCAGAAGCACAGCGACAUUCAUCCCUCGCACGGAACAUGACUACGGAACCCUGCUUUGUUGGGCAAGCAACAAAGUCGGUGUUCAAAGAAAGCCAUGCCUUUUCAAGGUUGUCCCUGCAGGUCCUCCUGAUACGGUAAAAAAUUGUUCUCUGCGAAAUCAAACAGAACAUGUUAUUGAAGUGGAGUGCAUAGAAGGAUAUAAUGGCGGGCUUUCACAAUAUUUUGUAAUGGAAGUGCACGACAAGAACUUCCAAAAACUAAGAGCCAACUUAACAGCUCCUGAUCCAAGCUUUCAAGCUGAUAAUCUUCCGGCAGGAACUAACUUUCUAGUCGUGGUCUACGCCGUGAAUGCUAAAGGACGCAGCCACCCUCUUGUUAUGCGAACAAGCACCUUGCCAGCACCGCAGACACAGUCUAGAAGAGACACUCUCUGGCAGAUGCGUUUCAGUCCAGUCUUGGUUGUACUAGUUGGUAUAGUUGCAGGCCUGGUGCUCAUUGCUUGCAUCAUAGUCAUAGUGAUGAAACUUAAAGCUCGUUACUACAGACAGAAAGGUGAAAGGACAACGGACCUUACAGUCAAAGAAAAUGAAACUAACAACUGGGCAAACAACAAAAGACCGAACGGAAUUAGCGACACUUAUAAAAGUUGGGACCCCGUAGACAGUGAAAAGUUGCCAUCUUCGAUUCCUCUUCUGCGUGAUGACCAUCAAGUUCCGUCAAAGUUGACACUAGAAAUGGCUGAACGUCAUCCAGAGAAUAAACAGGAUAAAGAAGACAAACAAAUCUACAAACCUUUGGGACAAAACGGGAUGAAGCCUUCUGCGGAAUCUUCUGGUUAUUCGGAAGUAAGCAACACUGGUGUUUAAGAUAGUCAGCUCACGAGUGUUUUACGUGCCUUCUAUUUAGAGGAGAAGCUGUGAUUGUGUGAUCUUCGUUCAGUUUUCGAGCGAACUUUGACUGAGGGGGCCAUCUUUGUACAGUUAAGCUGUGUGCAGCCAAAGCUGAACGGUAGCUUAUGGACUAUUUUUGACGUGCCAUAAUUUAUGUAACUGUCAUUCCAGUUAAAAGGUGUGUUUUCUCGCAGAGACUGAAGAGUGUCAAUUUAUCAAAGUAGAUAUAUUCGAUAGGUCUAUGUAUAGAUGGUAUACGACGUCACUCUAUUCGUCAGAUUUCUAUAUAUGUUGUAAAGUAAUAUCUUAUGGCUCUACACACAUUCUGGACUUCAAUGGGAGUGAAUACUGACGAUGAUAUUGUAUAACUAAUCGAGCACAAUAAAUUUUACCACAUAAUAAAUUUAAUAAGAUGAAAGUUCAGUUCAAUUAUUCAUACCGAUUAGAAUUUGGAUAGAAAAGAUAGAAAUGAAUAAAAACCCUAUAACCCGAGC